UCCACAGGCUCUGGACACAGAACCCGUCCUGCCUGAAGGAUGCCGGAGUGCAAGCAGGAUUCCAGCUAACAUCUGCUUGCCAGCCAAGAGGGAACUACAACCUCUGUGAGCUCUUGCACUCCAAUAGCCAGAACUGCUCUGAGCCACUUCGUUCUCCAGUUGGGCUUUUGCUUUUCAUCCAGAGACUUUGGCUUGACUGUUUGACACCAUCAGGAAAGGAAUAAACUCACCAAGAUGGUAAAGAAAAAGUCCGAUGUUUACUCAGUUGAGAUCUAUGGGACAAAAGAUUUACAAAAACCAGAGAUAGGAGACGAAGAGGAGAAGUACAAAGACUUGAAAGGCAACAAGAAAAAAAAGAAGACAGAGGACCUUAAGAAAGAACUGGACCUGGAUGACCACAGGCUCAGCGCAUCGCAACUGGAGGAAAAGUACGGUACAAGCAUCAACAAAGGUCUCUCUAAUGCAAGAGCAGCAGAGAUUUUGGCCAGGGAUGGUCCCAACGCUCUCACUCCUCCCAAAGCCACUCCUGAAAUUGUAAAGUUCCUGAAGCAGAUGGUGGGAGGCUUUUCCAUCCUCCUAUGGAUAGGAGCUGUCUUCUCCUGGAUUUCAUUUGGCAUUCAGCUUGCCCAGGGAGCUGAAUCAGCCUUUGACAAUCUCUACCUUGGUGUAGUCCUGGCGCUGGUUGUCAUCCUCACUGGUAUCUUCGCUUACUAUCAAGAAGCUAAAAGCACAAAUAUCAUGGCCAGCUUCAGUAAAAUGAUUCCACAGCAAGCUCUUGUCAUCAGAGAUGCAGAAAAAAAGGAACUGCCAGCAGACCAGCUGGUGGUUGGAGACAUCGUGGAAAUAAAGGGUGGAGAUAGGAUCCCAGCAGACAUUCGCCUGAUCUUUACUCAGGGUUGUAAGGUGGACAAUUCUUCACUCACAGGGGAGUCAGAACCACAGUCUCGUUCAUGUGACUUCACCCAUGAGAACCCCUUGGAGACCAAGAACAUCGCCUUCUACUCCACCACCUGUGUGGAAGGCACUGCUACUGGCAUUGUAAUCAACACUGGGGAUCGCACUAUCAUCGGGCGAAUUGCCUCUCUGGCAUCGGGAGUAGGAAACGAGAAAACACCCAUUGCUAUCGAGAUAGAACAUUUUGUCUACCUGGUAGCAGGAGUGGCCAUUUCCAUCGGUGUUCUCUUCUUCAUUAUAUCUGUUUCUAUGCGGUACAAGAUUCUGGACUCCAUCAUCUUUCUCAUUGGCAUCAUUGUGGCUAAUGUGCCAGAGGGACUGCUAGCCACAGUGACGGUGAGUCUGUCUCUGACAGCCAAGCGGAUGGCGAAGAAAAACUGUUUGGUGAAGAACUUGGAAGCUGUAGAAACACUCGGUUCUACCUCCAUCAUCUGUUCUGACAAGACAGGGACCCUCACCCAAAACAGGAUGACUGUUGCUCACCUCUGGUUCGACAACCAGAUCUACUCAGCUGACACCAGUGAAGAUCAAACAACCCAGCCUUUUGAUCAAAGUUCUCUGUCGUGGACAGCAUUAUCCAAAAUUGUAACUCUCUGCAACCGAGCGGAAUUCAGACCAGGACAGGAGAACGUCCCAAUAAUGAAGAGAGUCGUGGUAGGCGAUGCCUCCGAAACAGCUCUGCUGAAAUUUGCAGAGGUCAUUUUGGGUGACGUUAUGAAUAUUAGAGCGCAGAACAAGAAAGUGGCUGAAAUUCCUUUCAACUCUACCAACAAAUUCCAGCUUUCCAUUCACGAGACCGACGAUCCCAAUGACAAACGCUUCCUGCUGGUGAUGAAAGGUGCCCCAGAGAGGAUUUUAGAGAGAUGCAGCACCAUCAUGAUCAAUGGCAAAGAAGAACCGCUGGACAGUGAGAAGGCAGAAGCUUUCCAAACAGCAUACAUGGAGCUGGGGGGCAUGGGAGAGAGAGUGCUGGGUUUCUGUCAUUUGUACCUGCCUGAAGAGGAGUUUCCAGACACCUACCCAUUUGACACAGAUACCAUGAACUUCCCAACCUCCAACCUGUGCUUUGUUGGGCUUCUGUCUAUGAUCGACCCACCUCGUUCCACGGUGCCAGAUGCCGUCUCAAAAUGCCGCAGUGCGGGGAUCAAGGUUAUCAUGGUCACUGGCGAUCACCCAAUCACGGCCAAGGCCAUUGCCAAGAGCGUAGGCAUCAUCUCAGCCACCAGCGAGACGGUGGAAGAUAUCGCUAAGCGCCUCAACAUUCCUGUUGAGCAAGUCAAUAGAGGAGAAGCCACAGCAGCAGUAGUUAAUGGGAUGGAGCUGAAGGACAUGAGCUUGCAGCAGCUGGAUGAAAUCUUGUGUAACCACUCGGAGAUCGUCUUUGCUCGGACAUCGCCGCAACAGAAACUGAUUAUAGUUGAAGGCUGCCAAAGGCAGGGAGCAGUUGUUGCCGUGACUGGAGAUGGAGUCAAUGACUCCCCUGCUCUUAAAAAAGCAGAUAUUGGAAUUGCUAUGGGUAUUGCUGGUUCUGACGCAGCUAAAAAUGCAGCUGAUAUGGUACUGCUGGAUGAUAACUUUGCUUCUAUUGUCACAGGAGUGGAGGAAGGCCGCCUGAUCUUUGAUAACCUAAAGAAAACAAUUGCCUACACCCUGACCAAGAAUAUUGCUGAGCUCUGUCCCUUCCUCAUCUACAUCAUGGCCAGCAUUCCAAUGCCCAUUGGCACUAUCACCAUCCUGUUCAUUGACCUGGGCACAGACAUUAUCCCCUCUGUUGCAUUAGCCUACGAGAAAGCUGAAAGCGAUAUUAUGAACAGGAGACCUCGUAACAAAAGGAAAGACAGGCUGGUGAACGAGCAGCUCGCUAUAUACUCCUAUCUGCAGAUCGGUAUCAUGCAGUCAGUGGGAGCCUUUGUAACCUAUUUUGCCGUGUAUGCUGAACAAGGUUUCCUCCCUUCCACGCUGCUUGGAGUGCGAGUCGACUGGGAAAACAACGCCAUUAAUGACUUUGAGGAUUCGUAUGGACAGGAAUGGACUAAAUACCAGCGGACGUACCUGCAGUGGACUGGCUAUACAGCCUUUUUUGUCAGCAUCACAAUUCAGCAAGUCGCUGAUUUGAUCAUCAGGAAAACACGAAGAAAUUCUAUUUUCCGGCAGGGUCUUUUCAGGAACAAAGUCAUCUGGGUGGGUAUAUUUUCCCAGAUAGGAAUUGCUGUGAUUCUUACCUAUGGUCUUGGCCACGUUACAGCCCUGAACUUCACACCGCUGAGGUUUCAGUACUGGUUUGUGGCUGUACCGUUUGCCAUCUUGAUAUGGGUUUACGAUGAAGUCCGCAAGCUGCUUAUCAGGAGAUACCCAGGAAGUUGGUGGGACAAGAACAUGUAUUAUUGAAACAGUCCUUAUCACUGGUCCUCCUCCUUGUGGAGAACUUCUUCCCCACCUGACACAGCCUCUGCUGCUUUAAAGUCCUGUCUGUGCAAUAUCAAGCAUGGGUUCGCCCCGUGAAGGGGUGAAGAAAUUUCAUGAAUUUCAGGAAGAAACAAGGACUUUAGAGGUUGAUGAAUUACCUCUCGCUGUACUGUAAAGCUGACACGUCUAGAAAUUGAAAUGCUACCUAUUUUUGUAACAAGCACAAUUUUCCCUCAUUCAAAGAUGAGCUUGGUGAGCACUCUGAGAGGAAAACACACAGAAAAGAAAAAAAAGACAGAAAAUCCAUAUAAUCUAAGGCAUUAAUUUGCACUAAAGAUGUUGUUUGCAGAUGUUUUGUUGGUGGAACUGAAUUCCAAGUGAGUGCAUAUAUAGAUCUGUAUUACCUUACCAAGGGUAAAUAUGCUGUAUAAGAAUAAUUUGAUAAUAAAACUUUUUCCAGAAAACA